AUGUCUACAUCUGCCAAAUUAAGCAAAUCAAACAGUGGACAAAAAGGACUAAGAAGAACAAAACCUUUGCCUGGAUGGGAAGGAGAAGAUUAUUUAUAUUCUAUCAAAUGGGAAUACCGAAGAGAUACUAAAAUGAGAGAGCUCAAUACUUUUAGAUUUUUCAUGAAAACUUUUGUUGUGAAUGAAUCAGAUUGCAGAUUGAUGGACGUUUCUAAAGAUUUUACACAAUAUUAUGAGGAAUUUACUUCGUUUCCAAGAACCGUCAUUGUGGAGAAUGGUUAG